AUGGCGACCUCCCGCUUCUGCGCGCUGCCCGGCGCGCUCCUCGCGCUGGUCCUCCUCUCCGCCGCGUCCCUCCCGUCCCCUGCUUCCGCCUUCCGCGGUCGAAUGCUCACGACCCCCGCGCCUGCGCCCGCGCCCGCGCCAGAGGAAGACUCGUCCGGCAUCGUUGCAAUGGAGACCAUCCCGUCCCCGUGGCCCGCAACCAACGCGUCUAUGGACGCCGCCGCGAUCGCCGCGACCAUCGACCCGAACGUCAACGACACGUACCCCGCGGUUCUCGAUCCGAUCACCCAGCCGGCGCCUCCACCGUAUGUGGCGCUGAAUCAGUUCAUGGAUCCCGCGGAUAUCGGCGCGGCGCUGGAUCAGAUCGACGCGCGCGCUGUCGCGUACUCGUCUACCCUGGAGGAUACGAGUCUGCCGACAGAUGCGCCGGAGGAAGUGGCGAACUGGACCAACACGCUCGCCACUGAUCCCGGAUACGCCUCCUACCCGUACAAGAAGCCCCGGUACCACCCGGUGUACGGGCUUGCUGUGAAGAAGCCCAACGGCAAGUGGUACACGUACGUCAACAACAACCUGCAGUGGCCGGGCGUCGAUGACUGGGCCACUGGCUUCAAGACGUGCCGUUUCACCCAGCCUGACCCUUACUUGGGCUUUAACUGCACUGAGGAUGCCACCUGCCCCGGGUGCCCCUACUGCCGCGCGCAGCAGUGCUUCUUCAACCGCCACUGGCCCACCUACCGCAACCCCCAGGCUGAUGGCACUAUCCCCGGGCAGAUGUACUGGCAGCGCAUUAUUGAUGCUGCCAUUAACCCUAAGAGGUAUGUCCUUUCCGCGCGCAUUGGCAGCAUGUGGCGGGGGCGAAAGGCGCCUGCGGAAAGGCGCGUGGAGGAGGCGGAAGAAUCGGCGGAAAGCAGCGAGGGCGAGACGGAGGCGAGUCGCGAUGCGGAGAGUGACGCGGACGACAGCGGAAGCGACGGCGGAAGUGACGACGGGAACGAAAUAGUAGACGGGGAUAAAGGGAAUAAACAGCGCGCGAGAGUGGUCCGAGACGAGGAACCGUCCAAUGGGAAGCGCGGGCCAGACGCCAGUGAUACAGCGACAUUAACGACACGUGGCAAGAAUUCUAUCCCCAGCGCGGUGCGGCUGCCUUGGUUGACGUGGCUUGCUCUGACUGGCUCGUAUCUGGUCGCGGUGAUUCUCGCAUUUAGUGUUCUCCGCGCAACCCUCCCCGCGCAUGAGGACCCCCUCACCCCGUGCAAAUUUCCGCCUUCCGCCAAUGCGGAAGAUUUUGAGACGACUUCCGUCGAUGCCUCCGCUGUUUCCGGCGCUGCUGGCGGGAGCCAACCGGCGAACGCGACGCGAUGGACUAAUGCCACGUGUCCUGUCCCGUGGCACCCAGCCGUGGACGUGCUGACGUGGCGGUGGUCCCCGCUAGCGGCGGCGGCGGCCGUGCUAGGGUUCAUGAUUUGCGCGCUGCGCGCAUUGGGAAGCGGAUUGGCGGAACUCGGCGCGCUGGAGGAGCGCCUCCGCGCAUUAGAAGGGGGAGGGGGCGGGCGCGGGGGAAGGCUGGGGGAAGGCGGGGCGGAGGGGGAAGAAGGCGGAAGCGGACGGGGGAGGGGUGCGGGGGGGAUUGGAGGGAUGUCAGGUUCGGAAGGAGGUUCGGAGGGAGGUUCGGACGGAAGGGCGGUGGUGACAGCUGGCAGCAAGCUGGCGGUAUCGGUGGGGCGGAGCUCUCUGUUGGGGAUUCUGGUGCAUGAGAUAAGAGCGCCGCUUAGAGGCGUACUGGGUCUGCUGCAGCUGCUGCUCUCCUCCUCCCUCGACGAAUCGCAGCGCGACAUGCUGGCAGCCGUGCAGGCCACGUCGCGCCACAUCAUCCACGUCGCCAACAACGUCGUCGACAGCUGGCGCAUCGAGAACCGUCGGAUCGCCGCCGCCUCGUCCGCCGCUGCAUCGUCCGCCGCCGCUGCAAUCUUCCGUGGGGAACGAGGGGGAGGGGGAGGGGGAGGGGGAGGAGAGGGAGGAGGAGGCGGGGGGGGAGGAGGGGGGACAGGCGGGGGAGGCGCGUGGGGAGGCAGGGCUGGGGCGGUGGAGAGGGGGAGCGUGGUGCGGUUGGGGUUAGAGAGUGCUGUGUUUGACCUGCGGUGUGUGGUGGAUGAAGUGGUGCUGCUCGUGGCCGGCGAGGCACGGGAGAAGGGCGUUGAGCUGGCUGCUCUUGUCAUGGACUCAGUUCCCACUGUGGUCGUGGGGGACCCGCUCAGGCUGCGCCAGAUCCUCGCGAAUCUAAUGGCAGUGGCGGUGCGGCUCACCGACCGCGGGCACGUGUUCCUGGUGGUGCGCCUGGCGCCGGAUGAUGAUGAGAUGCGACGCAUGGCGGAUCCCAACUCGCCCGACGACAUGGAAGCUCCCAGCAGGGAGGCGCAGGCAGUGGAAGCUGAGCGCAUCGCCCGAGGCCGUGCAAGCCAAGCCAAGGGGGAGAGCCUGACGCUGAGUGGGAGGGCAGCAGCGGACGGCAGCAACAGCUGGGAGAGCAUCUGCCGCAUGAUCCGCGAGCAGGAGGCUCGAUUCCGGCGCCUCAUGGGGCCGCAGCAGCAGCAGGGGGGUGGUGGGGAUGGGGGGAGGGCGGGCGGAGGGGGGGUUGGUGGGGGAGGGGAGAGGGGCGGAGGGUGCGGAGGAGGUGGAAGGGGAGGAGGGGGAGGAGGGGGAGGGGGGUCGGGAGCGGUGGGGAGUGGUGGUGUGCGAGGGGGUGUGAGGCUGAUGUGUACGUUGGAGGACACGGGGGUGGGGCUGCUAGACGCUGUGUUUGACGCUCUCGAAAAGCCCUUUCAACCGCUCUCCCUGCCGCUGCAGCAGCGCUUCGCCGCCGUCCCUCUGCUGCUGAACGUCGCUCAGAAUCUAGUGCAGGCCAUGCACGGCCAACUGCUCGUCUACAGCCGCCCCGGAAUCGGCUCAACAUUCACUUUCGACAUCUCGCUCGCCCAGCCGCCCACCGGCCCGGCCUCUAGCGCGCUGCCACGUGUCUUCCACGCGGGCUUCGGGCCAAUCCCGGACGAGCAGCAGGCAGAGAGCCUUGCGCUGAGAGGCAAGCUGAGGGGAUUGAGAUGCCUUGCAGUGGACGGUCGACCCGUGAGGCAGCAGGUCCUGGCCACGUGCAUGGCUCGUCUGGGCCUCAAGGUGGAUCUGUCAGACAGCGUCUCUGCUGCUGCCUUGGCUCUCAGACACGACGUCACCUCUCCUGCUGCCCCAGCUGCUGGUACUGGCAUGACUGUAACCUCUCAGCGCAAGAGCCGGUGGGAUGUGGUGGUGGUCGAUUUGGACAGUGACGGUCCCUCCACAGGCCUGGCGUUGGGCCGCAUGGUGCUGCAACUGAGGGACCUGGAGGCACAGCAUCGCGCCACUGACCCCGUCGCCAUCACGCAAUCUCUCGCCUCCCUUGGGUGGGAGCAGCACUCCAAAUUGCCGCUGCUGGUGCUCGUUGCAAAGGACUCCAACGAGGCGCUGAGAGAGGAAGCACAGAAGCUGGGGUUUGCAGGCAUCAUGGUGAAACCGCUGAGGGCUGCUGAUAUGGCCACCACUCUGCUUGAGGCGCUCUCCUUCAACCCGCGGGACACCAGCGCCACGGCAGCGAGGCGGCGCCAGAUUCUGCUGCGCCUGUGCCUCAAGGGCAAGCACGUGAUGAUAGUGGAUCACAGCUUCAUAAGUCGCAAGGCCGUGGCAGUCAUGCUCUCACGCUUUGCUGACGUGGCGCUGGCUCUCGGCUCCGCUAGCGACGCCCUCGCCCGCCUGCAUGCCGCCCCCUCCCUCACACUCUCCCAGGGGCAAGGGGGGGAGGGGCAGGGGGAAGGGCAGGGGCAGGCGCUGGGGCAGAUUCGUGGCUCGGAGUUUCACUUGGUCCUUGUCAACCUGCGCCUUGCUGACAUGUCCGGCUUUGCAUUCACACAAGCUGUAAGGCGCAUGGAGGAGCAGCGCUAUAACGAGGAUGUGGUGCGCAUGGGCAGUGCGGCCCAGCACUCGCACAUCCCCAUCGUGGGACUGGUCAACGACGCCCUGCCUGAACUGGUGGCCAAGUGA